AUGGAGGGUCAAAACGAGAAUGAUGAGCUUUACCCUAUCGCGGUACUGAUCGAUGAGUUGAAGCACGACGAUGUCCUCCUCAGAUUGAAUGCAAUCCGUCGUUUAUCUACGAUCGCUCUGGCCCUAGGCCCUGAGAGAACCCGUGAUGAGCUUAUCCCAUUCCUGGACGAUUCUGUCGAGGAUGAGGACGAGGUGUUGACCGCGCUUAGUGAGGAAUUGGGUAAUUUCACGGAAUAUGUUGGCGGGCCAGAAUAUGCGCACGUGCUUCUGUCACCGCUGGAGAACUUGGCGGCGAUUGAGGAGCCUCUAGUGCGAGAGAAGGCCGUGGAAUCUCUCAACAAAGUGUGCGAUCAAUUGUCAGAAAGUCAGGUCGAAGAGCACUUCAUCCCUCUCGUUUUUCAUCUCUCAAGGGCCGACUGGUUCACCUCUAAGGUUUCGGCUACCGGGCUCUAUUGUUCACCUUACCGAAAAGCCACGCCGGCACUGCAGCAAAGUAUCCGAAACCGUUUCGCAGCGCUCGUACACGAUGAGACCCCGAUGGUGCGCCGCCAAGCCGCCAAUAACCUGGCCAAGUUUGUCAAGGAGAUGCAAACUGCGGUCAUAAUUGAAGAAAUGAUACCCCUCUUCCAGUCUCUGGCCAGUGACGAUCAGGACAGCGUGCGUCUUUUGACGGUUGAGAUUUUGAUCGCGAUCGCAGAAGAAAUUCCCAAGGCUCAGCAGCCUAGUCACGGCGUGCUACUGACAUCAUUGCGCAAUUUAUUCGAGGACAAGAGUUGGCGGGUUCGCUACAUGGUCGCCGAUAGAUAUGAAAAGAUUGCCAAGGCUGUGCACGAGGAGGUUGUUACACGCGACAUGGUGCCUGCUUUUGUGAAACUCUUGAAGGACACCGAGGCCGAGGUUCGCACUGCAAUUGCUGGCCAAAUUCCCGGAUUCUGCAGUCUGAUCGAUCGCGAUACGCUGCUCAAUGAGAUAAUGACCAGUGUAGAGGAUUUGGUGUCUGAUCAGUCUCAACACGUCCGUGCAGCCCUGGGCACCCAGAUCAGCGGAUUGGCGCCGAUUCUUGGAAAAGAAGAGACAAUCGCCCAUUUGCUGCCAAUGUUCCUCCAAAUGCUGAAGGAUGACUUCCCCGAUGUCCGCUUGCACAUUAUCUCCAAGCUCGAGCAAGUGAACAAUGUCAUCGGAAUUGAUCUUUUGUCUCAAUCUCUUCUUCCGGCAAUUGUCCAGCUUGCUGAAGAUAAGCAGUGGCGUGUGCGCCUCGCAAUCAUCGAAUACAUUCCCUUGCUUGCCAGUCAAUUGGGUGUCGAAUUUUUCGACGAGCAACUGAGCGACUUAUGCAUGGGAUGGUUAGGAGAUACUGUCUUCUCCAUUCGUGAGGCUGCCACUCAAAACCUGAAGAAACUGACCGAAGUUUUUGGCGUUGAAUGGGCAAAGGGAUCCAUUAUCCCCAAGGUAAUGGCCAUGGGCCAGCAUCCCAACUACUUGUAUCGCAUGACCACGUGUUUCGCGAUCUCGACGCUCGUACCUGUUGUCACCCUCGACAUUAUCGAGAGCUCUAUCCUCCCCAUCUUGGAUCGACUCGUUGCUGAUGAGAUCCCCAAUAUCCGCUUCAACGUUGCCAAGUCAUAUGCUGUCCUUGUUGACGCCUUGCGUCGCCUGCCCGAGAACAAAACAUUGGUCGAGGUUGAGAAGUCGGAACAGACCGUCACACCUGCGCCUAGAGCCCAGGAAUUGAUUCAGCAGAAGGUCCUACCUUCUUUGGAAAAGCUGCAGGCCGACGAUGAUGUGGAUGUUCGCUACUUUGCGACUACUGCCACAGGUCCCACCGAGGAGACCAUGCAGACAUCUCCUUAG